ACAGUUUGACAGCACUAUAAUAUAAACGUCAUACGUUUAUGGUGAUUCUAAGAAUUAAAAUGAAACGAAUCGUAAAUAUAACAAAAAUAUUAUUGAACUAGCCGCAAAACGUUUUCAAAAUGGAUCAAGACACAAAUCUAUAUGAUAUUCCUCUUUCUUGGCUUACAAACGAAUCUCGAAAUCUGUUAUCAAACUUAUUAAACUCAACAAAAGUACUGCCUAGUGACGGACCAGAGAAAUUACCAAGGUAUUGGCGGGGUCUGGCAUCAUUGGCCAACAUAUCAGCAGAAGUUGCCGCAAAUGUUGAAUUGCAGUCGGACAGAACUGCCAAAGUUUUAGAAAUAUGGAUGAGUGAUAAUCCAAAAACGGCCUAUGUUGGUUUCCUCCUUGAGUACUUGCAACGCCUCGACAGAUAUGAUGUGUUUGAUGAUUGUAUAGAAUUACUCAGACAUGGAAGACUUAUAGGAAGACCAAAUGACAAUCCUCUGAGGCUAUCAAUGGAGGUGCCAGAUGAUGACAGUCUUAUUACAUAUGAAGACAGAAUGUACGGAGAGCCACAAUACUACCAUGCAUAUGUUGUGUAUGCACAAGAGGAUAAGGAUUUCGUAGAUCAUCUACUGGCUCGAAUGAGAGCACAAGGAUUCCGGCUAUGCACAGAAGAGGAUCUGUUGCCGGGGCACUCGACGCAGUACGCGCCGGUAUCUCGGCUCAUAUCGGAGCGCUGCCAGCGAAUCAUUCUCGUCUACUCCCCAGACUUCCUCAAGUGUAACGCAAACAGCUACUACACAAACUAUGCACAAGCCGUUGCUAUUGAGCGGAAGCAGCUGAAGAUAAUCCCCCUGGUGUAUCGGCCAUGCCAGCUGCCCAUGCAGCUCACCUACUACCACAAGCUGUACUACCCCUCCCAGCACCUCAAACCGCCAUACGAUUUUUGGCAACGCCUCAGCGACACCCUUAAGAUCACUAAUAUACCAAGAUUAAACAGUACCGGAUCAAACCACGCAGUCGCUAUCAGAGAGGUGACAACAAACAAUAAUACAUUUGAAUCACGAAACAUUGCGAAUGGCUUUACUGCAAAUAAAACGGCCUUUCUACAGUUACCGAGUAUUCCGUCUAUAAAAAGUAUAUCCAUGUCGGGUCUGGACAGCUGUGACAAGAUCACACUUGAUGAUAACAAAUCCUUGGGCAAUGUCAGCCAGUUGAGCGAAGGAAAACAGAAGAAACCAAACAAAAUAAAGAGCUUCAUAAACAGUUUGAAGAAGAAACCGAAAAAAUCUUUAGCCGUUAUGAACAGCUAAAAAUUCAAACUACAACAAAAGAGAAAAAACCUUUUUAAUAUUUUUUUUACGCAAGGGUAGAAUAUUACAUAGUGCAGUACUCAGCCCAAAGUCACGUUUGAUUAGUGAUAUUCGUAGAUUCAUACAUUUUUGCCUUUUUCAUUAACAAUAUUGUUAAUUGAAUGUUACUUUGUUUUUAAACUUUUCUAUGUUGAUUUUGUUCAUUCAAACACGUAGUGUUGCAAUGAAUUUUAUUCUGACCUCGUGGAAAAAUCCGAGACAAUGCAUUUGCAUUUUGCUGAAGUUUUAUACAUUCUUAUAAGGGAACAGAUAUAAGUAGUGUUAGUACUUUUUGAACAAUUUUUUAUUUGACCAAUGAAAAUAUACACAGUAAGUAGAAAGUUUAGAAUUGACUGCAAUUUUAAUUAGUAUUCAUUUUUAAUAUUUUAUUUCAAAAGUUAUGAAGUUGUGAAGUUUAAAAAAUGCUAGACUUCAUAAAUUUUUGAAGACAUCUUUAAAAAAAUUAUAUUCAAUCUUGGAUGUAAGAACUCUUUACAGCCGAAAAUAAACGAAAAAUUAAAAAAAAAACUAGGUUAAAUAAUUAUAGAGGAUAUACAUUUUACAUAAAAAAUUACCUAAUUUGUAAUUUGCUACCUUUAACUAAAUAUAAGAGUUUAUCCAAGAAUAAGUUUAUAUGUUGUACAGCUAUUUUCAAAUUAGCUUGAUACGGUGCUGUAAGCAGCAAUUGUAUGGUAUGGCAACACUAAAAUACUCAAAGCUUAUUAAUCUUUCGACUUCAUUAUAUUUUUUAUGAAAUAUAUAGCUGUAACUAAACAUUAUGUUGUAAUUUUAAAUGUAUCAAUUGUAUACGCAAAUAAAAUUGGUAUUUCUUUAAAAAAAUAACUUUGAUCUAUUUUUUAGAUGUAGACAUUUUGUCGAGUUGU